UUAAAUGGUUUUUCUUCCCUCCGGGGCUCGAAACGAAAUUUUCCGAAAUCCCUUUUUGAAGAAGCAGCAGCGGAAGAGGCGAUGGAAUCGUUGCCCUCGAAGGGAAGGCCAAUCGCAGCGGAGAAGGACGGCGAUGAAAUCGAUCUCACACUUAGACUCUCCGUCGGCGGGGGCGUCGAGAAGAAGAAGAAGAAGAAUAAGAAGAAGAAGAACCCUGCUCCGAGAGUCGAUCGCGCCGGCGAUCGGAUGCCGGUGAAGGAGAGGCCGACACAGGAGGAUCGGGCGGCGCUGGAGUUCCAGAUGAAGCAAUCUAGGGCGGGGGAUCGGGCGGCGAAGGAAGAGGAGCUUUCAUCCGGCGAUCGGUCAAGGGAUCCCCCCAAAGAUGGGAGAAAUGGGGCUGCCCGAAUCCCUAACCCUAAUCCUAAUCCUAAUCCUAAUCCUGAUCUAUUUAUCUGGAAGCAUCCUCUUCCGGUGGUGUACCCUUACCACCACUUGCAGUACUUGCCGACGCCGAACGGCUUUCCGUUCGGGUUGCCCUUCGUGAUGCCUUGCUGGGCAUCGACAUUCCCAGCGGCGGCGGUGGCCGGAGGAGAGAACCUGGGCCAUAAGAUUAUGCCUCGACCGGUGGCUUCCGGUGGUCCUCCUGUUCAGGUGAGGGCCGCUACGAAUCCUUGCCAUGGUGGUUUAGAUAGCGAAAAAGGGAUCGGAGACUUCGUGACUGGAAAGACUCCAGCCAAGAUCAAUUCGACCGGGAGCAGCGCGUCUUCGCUCUCGAAUCACCGAAGUGGAUCUUUUCAAGGAGGGUGCGUUAGCAGUGUUGAUUCGAGGAACAGUUCAAUCCCUGAAGAAGAUGCGGCAAAGAAGCUGGUAUCAGGGCCUCACAGAGUGUCCAACACCAAGUCACUCGAGCGCACGGCCUCCGUCAAUAAGCCUUCCUCUUCCACUGCCUGCAAACUUUCGCUGUCGCGGCGACUGCCAUUAGUCUCGGCGACCGGCGACGGACCGGACGGGAGGACCGUCAAUGGCUUCUUGUACAGGUACAACUCCGAGUCUGCGGUGAGGAUCCAGUGCAUCUGCCACGGUAGAUCCUUCACACCGGCGGAGUUCGUCGGGCACGCCGGCGUCGCCGACGUAUCCCAGCCGCUGAAGCAGAUUGUUGUGGUCGGCGGAGAGGGAAGCAGAUAACUAGUGCUGUGUACAUAAACAUGAUCGAAAUGGUUUUGUGAAUAUCCUUUCCAAAGUUGUUAAUGAAGUUUUAUUUUAUCGUUA